AUGGCCUACAAAAAGAAAUUUGAAGAAUUAGCUUGGUUCGCACCUGAACACAUUGAUACUGAUGCUAAGAAGGCUAAGAAAUUUUUGAGAGGUUUGAAUCUCCAAUUGAAGGGAUCAAUCGUAGUAUUGAAGCUGAGGUCAUAUGCUGAGGUGUUAGAGAGAGCACUAUUAUUGGAGGAUAGUCAGAGGGGUACUAUACAGGGUAACUCGAGUAAGGUACAAGGAAAGAGGCCUAUUGACAGUCAGCACUCUGGGGAUGAUAGACCCCAGAGGCAUCAGAGGACUCACUAUGAGCAGACCACACAGACUCCUUGUCGUACCUGUGGCAAGCAUCACAGUGGGCAGUGUAGGCAGAAUUCUGAUAAUUGCUAUAGAUGUGGAGGACGAGGUCACAUGGGGCAACGACCACAUCAGACACAGCAGGGACAACAACAGCCCUCGAGGCAUCAACAAAAGCAGAAACAUCAGACUGCACAGACAGUUGAAACACAAAAGGCUCAGGCCAGAGUUUUUGCUUUGAUGACAAAGGAUGUUGAGGCUUCACCCACAGUGGUUACAGGUACACUAAACAUUUCUACCAUAUCUGCCAAUGUAUUAUUUGACUCGGGUUCGACACACUCCCUUCUAUCUAAAUCAUUUUCUGAGAAGAUUAGUGUUGAACCUAGACCAUUGAAACCCUCCUUAUUGGUGACCCUACCAUCUGGAGAGAAUUUGGUUGCAGACACUGUGUUUGAGUUUUGUUUGGUUCAGAUAGAGGGUAGAGAGAUGCCAGCAAACUUAAUUUUUCUAGACAUGACAGACUUUAAUGUCAUACUUGGCAUGGACUGGUUGUCUACUUACCAUGCCAGUAUACAAUGUUAUGAGAAGGACACAGUUUUUAAACCCAAGAAUGAGACAGAAUUUAAGUUUAGUGGGUUAAGGACGGGUAAACCUGCAUCAUCUCUGAUAUCAGCAGUGCGUGCAAGGAAGUUACUUGCUCAAGGUUGCCAUGGAUUUUUGGCUUCUCUAGUUGAUUUAAAGAAAGAGGAGCAACAGUUGGGGGAUAUCCAUAUCGUUAGGGACUUUCCAGAUGUGUUCCCUGAUGACCUUGUUGGGUUACCACUUGAUAGGGAAUUGGAGUUUACCAUUGAUCUAUUGAAGAUCAAGGGUGAAGACAUACCAAAGACUGCAUUCAACACCCGUUAUGGCCACUAUGAAUUUGUGGUUAUGCCAUUUGGGUUGACUAAUGCAUCAGCUGUAUUUAUGGACUUGAUGAACCGGGUAUUCCAUGACUUCCUAAACAGAUUUGUUAUUAUGUUUAUCGAUGAUAUCUUGAUAUAUUCCAAGAACAAGGAAGAUCAUGAGGAACAUUUAAGGACUGUACUGCAGAGACUUAGAGAAAAACAGUUGUAUGCCAAGCUAAGCAAGUGCGAUUUUUGGCUCAACCAAGUUGCAUUUCUGGGUCAUAUUAUAUCAGCUAGUGGAAUUUCAGUUGAUCCUUCUAAAGUCAAGGCAGUUACAAAUUGGGCCAGGCCAACCAUAGUUACUGAGAUCAGAAGCUUUUUGGGUUUGGUUGUGUAG